AGAUGGGCUACGUAGCGCAACUGCUCGACAACUACGAUACACACGACGCCAAGGCGCGAUGAGUCAAAUUGUUUUGGCAAAUGGAUUGCGAGCAUGAGUCGCUCAGUAGUUGAGAAACUCCAAAGCGAGCUGACUAACCUAUGCGACAGUCCACAUGGCGUGGGUACAGGAGACUAUGCAAUCCUUACUCGCAAGAGAUCGCAACAUGAUCCUCAACAUACAGCUUUUCGUCUGUGGCGAAUUCCUAUCGCGGAAAACGGUCAAGGGAGAUAUCAAACGCCUUGGUCUUCGGAUCACGCCGACCUUCUGCGCUAUGGAUACGCCAUGUGUUAUUGCGCACGAGCUGCACGAGCGCAAAGGCCGUACCAUCGUGUCGUUGUGUGUUGAUAAGUUGACCAAUCAAGCUAUCCGUAAGGCUGUCUGCCAAGAGGCAGACCGAGGAGUUGUGGUUGAAGAGCUCGACUUCCGCCUCUAUCAAAGCGUAAGGAAACAUACGGCAAGGGAGACUGGAUCCGACUAGAAAGACCGGGGACAAGCAGUGUAAAGCCACAUGGAAUUAUAUUAGCGAAGAGCCAACUCUCUUACGAGAUUCUCAAUUAGAUUAGCUCUCUUCUAAGUACACUUAAGCCGGUUCCCUUGUUUGUAAAGCCGCUCUUGGCAACACAUUGUUGCCAAGAGCGGCUUUACCACGGGCUAGCGUGUCUGUACCCGCUAUCGGAUCUGUAUGCAUAACUGUUUCCUUUCCAAUGCGAG